GCCUGUCUGCCUGUCUGCCUGUCUGCCUGUCUGCCUGCCGCCUAUAACCGUGCCUUAUCGAAGGGCCCAUCACCAGACAUGAUGUGCAGUGAGCUGUACACGUAAGAUAGCGUGUUGCUGCCUCGCCUUUUUCUCCCUCCUCCUUCGUGGCUUCAACCCCAAAGGCCUGACGCCCGAGCUUUACGUCCUAGCAUAUGAAUAAACUCAGAAAGGCGUCGCCAACACAAAACUCAAGCUUUUUGUGACCAAGUCCGCGAGGCCAGCCGCCCUGUAACCAACCUCCAACCCACAUGCAGGACUUCUCUUUCAUGCCAGGGAAGCUCAGCAUCCUUCAGCAACAAUGGCAAACCUGGCACAGGUUUUUAAUCAGAUAACGCGUGAAGAUGGGUCUCUAGAUGUGCUAAGAAGAAGAUCGGAGUUAGAAGGCCUGCUUCGUGCCUUGCUGCCGGACGAAAUACGCCUCGCAAAGCGUAUCCUGUCAGCCACAGCCUUUGUUUCUGAUAUAUUACCGCGUUUCCCCAUUGAGAUUUUACUUCUUAUUUUGAACCAUAUUGAGGAUCUUGUCGACUUCAAAAAUAUGCGAAUGGUAUCGAAGACAUGGCUAAAAUUAUGGACACUCAAGCCUGUUUGCGACAAAAUGAUGAAGAGACAUUUCCGCAUGUUUUUCAACGGGCCCUAUCAACAACUUUCAGACGAUGAAAAGUGCUCUGCAUCCGUCAUUCUCACGGAACAGCUUCGGGCCAGGAAAAUUGGCCAAUAUCAUGCAAUGAAGAUCUACAAAUACUCAGAUCUCGCCGGCUCCGACGAGGAAGCCCCAACGAGCAUUAGGAACUGUCAAUAUAGGAAUGGCAGAGUUGCUUGGGCCGAUGGCCCUGCUGUUAACGUAUACUCCCUAAGAACUGGAACUAUAAAGGCGUAUAUGACUCCCGCACGGACAGAUAUCCAUAGGUGGAUCAUGUCGGAUGAUAUCUUGAUCAUCAUGGAGAACGGCAGCCCCCCAAAGCUAUGUGCCUAUUAUCUCUGCAGGACACACGAUGGUUGUCCCCAUUGUGUGACAUUACCUAGCCCAAUCGGGCAAAUAGCAGCUCAGGGCCACCGUGACCGUGUUGGCAUUGUUACAGAUAGCAACGAGAUCUUUCUUUGGGAUGUUGCCAGCAACCGUGUGAAGCAAGUAGACUAUACAGUCACUCCAAUACCAAAAUACAGAGGUCAGCCUGUGGUUAAGAUCCUCAUACCGCCUGGUGUCCAGGAUACGCUCUACGUCUGCACAAUGGCCAAGAUCAAAAGUGGGCAGGGUGAAGACAAUCAUUCAGUCGUGAAACUGGUGAUGCAGAAAUAUUCCGACGGUAAACUAGUUAAGACCGUACCCAUAUCGUUUCCCCAGCAAGGGUUAGAGCGUGCUCCUUACGCCUUGCACGUCAGCAUCCGAGAAAUCGACGACGACGGCACUUACAACAUUUGCCAACUUCCGCUCGAUUUCCCAUCAACCUGGACGGAUCUUGGGUGUGACCAUCGGUGGCAUAAAGAGAAGCGGUCAGGAGACAACCAGAGACAGCUCAUCAUGCAGAUUGCAUAUAACAUCUGUGAUGACAAGUUUUCUACAAACUUUUAUCACCUACCUAGCGGACAGAAGCACUUUGAUGACGUCAACUUUACUACCCCAAAUAGCACCGUCGGCAACGACCGGGUAGCUACCCGCUAUCACUUUUGGGCGUCUAAUCUCUAUUUACCAGUUAUCGGAAUAAAAAAUUCUACAGCGUUGUUCCAUGAUUCUCCUUCGAGAAUCCCUAUCAAACACGCGCUUCUCGUGGCCAUCAAAUCUUGCGACCAAAUACGAGGAACUCCACCAGAUAUCAACUUCUUGGGAGGUUAUGGACCCGAGAGUUCUCAGAAGAGAGUCUGGACGUCAAAGGGGAGGUAUUCAAACUUUGACCUUGGAGUUUCACAUUGCCUCGUCGGUUCUAUUGAACUAGCUCAGAAACCAAUGAUACUGGACAGAAUAAGAGUCGUGCCUGAUGACCGAUCAAAGGAGAUGACUGGGGAUGGGUCGUUUCUUAUACUCUUCGGUGACUACGAUUUCGUCGUAUGGAGCUUCAACAAAAGUAUUACUCUUCCAGAGUUCGAGUAACAUGUCAGGAGCCUGAUCGUACUCGUGCAGCCCAAGAGUCUGGAUAUGGACUAUCACCCAUUUUAGCGGCAGUUGUGCAGAAUAGCAGAGCCCACUACACAAAAAGUAACACAGUAGAAGAGGAUUACGAACUACUGGCAGAUUCCUAAGAUUUACCCCUAGCCUUCUCCUUGAACUGCUGGACCGCACGAUUAUAUUGGCGUUAUACGAUGACGUCUCGGAUGAACGUGGUGUUUCCAUGAAUGCGGGUCGGAUUUUCUUACAGGGCAAUGAGAUUGGGAUUUGAAGGUGUAUCCUACCAUGCUUAUACUGCCGUGCUAGGUGGAGCUUUGUGUGGUAUAUGGUGCAAUGUCAUGGAAAGGGGGUUGGGAAUCAAGCGGGGAUAUGAGGUUAUGAAUUUAUGGGAUUAUUGUAAACUUUAUGUCUAGGAUGCAAUCGUUUGAGCCAAGUGACGGACAUACGGAGAAGUAAAAAAGUGUAUGGAUAAUAUCCUGCUUGUCUACCAGA